AUGGACCAGACGCUAUUCGCUGUACACAUGACAUGCGACCACUGUGUCAAGUCCGUUUCAGACUCGUUGUACGGCCUUGAGGGGAUCACCAAGGUUGAUGCCAACCUAAAGGACCAGCUCGUCGCGGUCGAGGGGACCGCUGCACCGUCCGCCAUCGUCAGCGCCAUCGAGGCGACAGGCCGGGACGCCAUCCUGCGUGGAUCGGGAGCAUCAAACAGCGCAGCCGUGUGUAUCUUCGAGACAUAUCACCGCAAUGACCGCGGUGGCGAGGCGCUGGUGCCCGCCUCAGCCCCCGAGGCGUUGACGGAAGGAUCGAGUGUUAGCGAUAGAGAGGUCAGGGGCUUGGCCCGCAUGGUUCAGGUGGCCCCCUCGACCACGUUGGUGGACUUGACGGUCCGCGGGGUCGCACCAGGCGUGUACGCCGCCAGCAUACGCGAGUUCGGCGACCUCAAGUACGGCGCGAGCUCCACCGGUCCCGUGUGGGCUGGAGCUGGCGGCAGCGGCACGACGCAGCCCCGGGGCGUGCUCGGGUCUGUGGAGAUUGGGAAGGAUGGGCGGGGAGCGGUCUUUCUGGAUCACGCCGUCCAGGUCUGGGAGCUCAUUGGACAUGCGAUGGUCGUCACGAAACAGGAGGAAGGGGAGGGGGGACUCAAAAACGACGAGAACACUGUUGUUGGGGUCAUUGCGAGGAGUGCCGGCAUGUGGGAUAAUGACAAGACUGUGUGCUCCUGCACGGGGAAGACGCUGUGGGAGGAGAGGAAAGAUGAGGUGCAGAAGGGUAUGAUUUGA